AUGCACUGUUAUGGAAACCCUUUAGGAGAAAGAACCCUUCUCACUUCUCAUCAUCCUCUGUGUCCCACUGCUCCACCGACUUCACCAACUGCUUUCCCGUUACUCUCCCUACCAGACCCUUAUGCUGCAGUACUCCCACUCCCUGUGUCCCAGGCGACCACAAAUCUAAAUCCCCACCACCUUCUUCGUCGUUUUUCUCCUGUCCCUGGUCUUGUAAUGCCUGCAAGUCUGUACACAGCAGACAUGAAUGCUAACAGUGGGGGUCUUGAAGACCAUCGCGCCAUGCAGUUGGCUCUGGAGUUGACGAUGCUGGCUGGAUUAAAUGCUGAUGAAGACACCAACACCAACGGACUCUCAACUGCAGCUCAAACUUUUGAGGAAUCGGCACCACGGAAACGCAGCGCUAACAUGACGGAAUGUGUUCCCGUUCCGAGCUCUGAACAUGUGGCCGAAAUCGUUGGUAGACAAGGCUGCAAGAUCAAAGCCCUACGAGCAAAAACAAAUACAUAUAUUAAAACCCCUGUCAGGGGAGAGGAGCCAGUGUUUGUGGUGACGGGUCGCAAAGAAGACGUUGCUGCUGCAAAGAGGGAGAUUUUGUCAGCAGCAGAUCACUUCAGUCAAAUUCGGGCCUCCAGAAGAAACAACAGUGCUUCUGGUGUGUCUGGAACAAGUUCCAACUUAACUCCUGGUCCUCCCAGCCCUAAUACUCCUGGUCAAGUGACUAUCCAAGUACGGGUUCCUUACAGAGUUGUAGGCCUUGUUGUUGGCCCCAAAGGUGCAACUAUCAAAAGAAUACAACAACAAACACACACUUACAUUGUAACUCCAAGUCGGGACAAAGAACCUGUAUUUGAGGUCACUGGACUACCAGAAAAUGUGGAGAAGGCACGUCAAGAGAUUGAAAGUCAUAUUGCAAUGCGCACAGGUGGUAUUAUUGAAUCUCAUCAUGCACAGGAUGAAAAUGACUUUCAUACCAAUGGUGUAGACUCGGGGUUUCAUGAGUUGGGCACAGAUAUUGGAUCUGUUUAUUCUAAAACAGCUAGUUCUACAUCUGCAUUUUCUACCUACACAAGCUCAGGAUUGAAUGGGAGCCUGCUUUCACGGCGCAGUCAGGAACCCACAAUCUUUAACUUUCCACCUGUCACUUCCACUACUUCCAAACUGACCGAUACAUAUAACCCACUGACUAAUGGAUUUAACGCCUUUAACAGUUUUAAUAUUUAUGACAACGAUGAAGGAAUUAGCUCUCCGUCUUUCGACCCUGUCCCGUCCCCAGCGGGGCUCUGGCCAGAGUUGAAUGACACAACGGCUCCAGGCCGAGGGACAUCACUUGCCUCAGUGUUCACUUCAACCGGUAACAACCCUACAAGUACAAAUACCACCUCCUGUUCGUCUGUCACGAAUGUGCCACCACUACGAAGGAGCAGUCUUGGUGGAAGCAACACUACUCCGCGUCUUUCGCCCACCCUAGAGUCUGCUUCUGCCAUGGCAAAUGGUUCAGGUACUGGGAGUUUGACAGCUACCACCCUGGGUGGUAGUAGCAACAGCUUGGACCACCAUCCUAUGCUUAGACGCAUACGGAGUGACCCUCUGACCGGUAGCCUUGCUGGCGUGUCAACAUCUUUCGGACCUCUACCGACUUGUACCAACAAUUAUGCUACUACCUCUACAACUGUCACCACCAUCACCAGCUCCUGCCCGGAUUCUCCUCCGGGUGGUGGCAGUGUUGGUAGCCGUCCCAGGCGUAACUGCCUAGUGUGCUCAGAGAGUGAGGUAGUUGCAGCCCUUGUACCAUGUGGUCACAAUCUAUUCUCUUCCAGAAAUGUCUGUUGCUGCAUUUACCUCAUCUGUUUUGGAUAUUUUUUUUUUCUUCCUUCCCCUCUUUGA